UCUUCAAAUGGGAAUGUAUUUCGACUCUGACCAGAAAUCAUUAAAGUUCAUUGAUUAAUUAUUUUUUUCUGGCUACUAAUCACCUUCCUCACACUCCUCCAAUCGAUGUGUCAUAUAUUCGAAAAACCAAUAAUGGCGUUGGAUGACAGGAACAGUGUGGACUGUGUAGACGUAGUGUCAAAGGUUCAUUUGAUUUUCUUUACGUGUCUCAUUCAUUGACGAAGUUGAGUCUGUUUUGUCGGUUACGUCAAUCAGCUGCACCGAUUAUUUGUUUUUUCCAUCACAUAUCAUUUCUUUCAGUGUCACAUCCACUCACUUUACUCCAAUAGUUACGCAAUUUGUAAGUGGUUAGUGAUACAACGACUCUAGAAGGGGUUACGCGUGAAUUGAAGAGCGAGAAUGUGGUUUUGGCAUUUUCACGAUGGAGGUUGUGGAGUUAUUUAAUCACCUAAGCACAAACGUCGGAUCCUACACGAUCGCACCAUGGUUCUAUCAACUGCUGUCCGGCUACGACAUACCCAGAAACGUCCUGAUAAUUUCUACAGUGAUAGUAGUUCUCUUCAUAACAGUUCUACUCUCAUUUCUCCGAAAAUGGAAGAACAAAGAGCUCCUUGUGAAGGAAGUGAAGGAGUUUGUCGGGGUAGGAAGUGGAAAGCCAAGGUUCCGUAAAAGGGACAAGGUUCUGUUCUAUGGUAGAAAAAUGCUUCGCAAGGUGAAGUCAAUAAGUGGGCAGGUGCAUCCAACGGGUCAGGGUAAGAAGCGACGUGCAGUUAUGAGAUUUGCUAGGAGAUUGCUACAGCUUAAGAAGGAAACAGUACCACAACAGCUCAAGGUACUGGAGCCACCAGCUGAGUACUUGGAGGAAGAUCUUGGUCCUGGUGAUAGAGUACCUCCAGAUGCUCUUUACAUUCUCCAAAGUAUUCGAGUUUUUGGACACUUUGAGAAGCCUGUAUUUCUGAAAUUAUGCAAACACACUGAGAUUAUGAAUUUACCAGCUGGUUCAGCUUUGUUUAAAAUUGGAGAUCCCGAUGAAAAUGUUUUCAUUGUACAGCAAGGAUUGGUUAAUGUCUACAUCAAUGGAGUUGAUGGCUCUCAGGUGCCACUGAAACUCGUUAAAACUGGAGAAUCGGUGACGAGUCUUCUCAGUUUUACUGAUGUCCUCACUGGGCACACCAGCACCUACAAAACAGUAUCAGCCAGGGCUGUUGAGGAUUCGGUGGUUGUUAAAUUACCGAUGAGUGCAUUUCAAGAAGUUUUUCAGGAUCAUCCCGAUGCUUUCAUUCGGGUUAUUCAGGUCAUCAUGGUAAGGCUGCAGAGGGUUACGUUUACCGCUCUUCAUCAGUACUUGGGACUGUCUGCUGAACUGGUCAACCCAGGCGCGCAUCGGAAGAAGCACAGCCCUUUCUCAGGAUCACCUGUGAGGUCUAGGGGAAAGGAGAAUUUUUCCAUUCAAGUGAAUAAUGAUGGGACUUCUUAUUCGACUUCUAAUGAGGGGCAUGAUGGAAGUGAAGUUAGUGCUCAAGGCUCACAUCCUCUCAAUAUUGGAGGAUUGAAAAGAACGAAAAACAACCUGGACUGGAAACUCCUGACGUCGGCCCAACUCCCAGUGAGUCACACAACCACUCCAGACAUGGUACCAGAGUGUGACGCUCACUGGUCGCCGUUGCUCCCCUCCAGCCACUCCUCUCAUCCCCCAAGUCACCACAGCAGCCACAGUGGCCCCGACGUGAUGCACACCAGCACCUCCUCAGGUUUCCCCCGAAAAAAAUCGACGAACGAGCCUCCACCCCCAUUUGACGAGGCCCACCUUGUUCAAAUAGCAACUGAGGCAUUCGUCAAAGAGCUUGGACUAGAAGACGACUCAGUCUUGAAAGAAAAGGUUCAAAUACGAGAGGUGCCAGCUGGUACUUACCUCAUGAAAGAGGAAUCCCACAAGGACGUUGCCCUAGUUUACGUGGUCUCAGGCACAUUGCUAGUCUCUCAAAAAGGUGCUGAAGGUAGUACAACCCACGAGGAGAUCCACAUGUUCAGUGCCCAUCAGGGAGAGAUAGUGGGUGGUCUUGCAGUUCUUACAGGUGAACCCUCGUUCUACACAAUCAGAGCUAAACAUCCCAGCAGAAUAGCUCUCCUGAGCAAGCAGACCUUCUUUUCAAUUAUGAGAGAUACACCAACAGUUGUACUUCACGUUGCCAAUACAGUUGUUAGACGGUUGAGUCCCUUCGUUCGUCAAGUUGAUUUCGCUCUGGACUGGCUCUUCCUGGAGAGUGGUCGAGCUGUUUAUCGUCAAGGGGACGAAUCAGAUUCCACAUUCAUUGUUCUCAGUGGACGUCUGAGGUCUGUUAUCACUCAUGCAAAUGGAAAAAAAGAGCUUGUUGCUGAGUAUGGCAAGGGGGACUUGGUGGGGAUCGUUGAAAUGGUGACACAGACCCCUAGAUCAACCACUGUAAUGGCAGUUCGUGAUUCAGAGCUUGCAAAACUCCCGGAAGGACUCUUCAAUGUUAUUAAAUUGCGGUAUCCUAUUGUUGUGACGAGAUUAAUUAAUUUAUUGGGGCACAGGAUAUUAGGAACUUGGAAACAGGUACAGAGCCCUGUCACCAGCAGUCAGAGGGCAACUGUCGAUGCUAGACCAGCGCAAGUUAAUUUUUCCACCGUUGCUAUUGUUCCUGUCUCUGAGGAUGUACCUUUGACUGCUUUUACGUAUGAAUUAUAUCACUCUCUCUGUGCCAUUGGACCUUGUUUGAGACUGACGUCUGAAGUCGUGAGGAAGAGCCUGGGGACCAGCAUCAUGGAGCCUCCCAAUGAGUAUAGACUUACGUCUUGGCUAGCACAACAGGAGGACCAGCACAGGAUAUCCCUUUAUCAGUGUGAUUCCACGUACACAGCCUGGACUCAGAGAUGUGUCAGACAGGCUGAUUGCAUUCUCAUUGUCGGACUUGGGGACAGACCUCCUAGUCUCGGCAGGACCGAGAGGGAGGUGGAGAGAUUGGCCAUGAGGACUCAGAAGGAACUUGUACUCCUCCACAAAGAGCAGAGUGGACAGAGACCUUCGAAUACUGUUCAGUGGCUGAAUAUGAGGAGUUGGGUUUCUAGUCAUUUUCAUAUUCAGUGUCCGAAGAGGAUGUUCACUAGGAGAUCGCAGUAUAGAAUUAAUGAACUUUAUUCAAAGGUCCUCAUGUCGGAACCCAACGUUCACAGUGACUUUAGCAGAUUAGCGAGAUGGCUGACAGGAACAUCAGUGGGGUUGGUCCUCGGUGGUGGUGGAGCAAGAGGAGCUGCACAUGUUGGAAUGCUGAAAGCUAUUCUAGAAGCAGGGAUUCCUAUUGACAUGAUUGGAGGGGUCAGUAUUGGCUCCUUCAUGGGGGCUUUGUGGUGCAUGGAGAAGAACAUCACAACUACGACACAGAAAGCUCGUGAAUGGUCCAAGAAAAUGACUCAAUGGUGGCGUCAAAUCAUGGACUUAACGUAUCCAAUGACGUCAAUGUUCUCUGGGAAAGACUUCAAUAAAACAAUUCACGCUACAUUUGGUGAUACGUACAUCGAAGACCUCUGGCUACCUUUUUUCAUCAUAACUACUGAUAUCACAGCUUCUUGUAUGCGCACGCAUACACAUGGAUUGCUUUGGAAAUACGUGCGGUCCAGUAUGACAGUUGCUGGUGUCUUUCCUCCAAUUUGUGAUCCUCAUGACGGGCAUCUUUUGGUCGACGGAUGUUAUGUUAAUAAUGUACCAGCUGAUGUCAUGUUAAGACACGGAGCACAUCACAUUCUGGCUAUCGACGUGGGAUCCCAGGAUGACACAGAUUUAACUAAUUAUGGAGAUUCAUUGUCCGGAUGGUGGUUACUUUGGAAACGAUGGAAUCCCUUCGCUGUUCCUGUCAAAGUUCCCAAUUUACCUGAUAUUCAAUCGAGACUUGCUUACGUCAGUUGUGUGAGACAGUUGGAGGAGGUGAAGUCUUCGGAUUACUGUGAAUAUAUCAGGCCACCCAUUGACAAAUAUAAAACAUUGCAAUUCGCUAAUUUCGAUGAAAUCAAGGACGUUGGAUAUCAUCAUGGGAAAACCUACUUUGAGGGUCAAUCAAAGGCUGGUGUACUCCCUCGUUUUAAUGCAGACCGAGAGACAGCACGGGCCCUCAGGGAAAAGCACAAGUCUGGAAAUCCAGAAACGUCCUCUUAUACCUUCACAGACCUGGCACAAAUGGUGUGUAAGGUAUCACGAGGUAAUCGUUAUGGUGAUCUUGAUGACACAGACUCCGACGAAUUUGAAGAAUAUGAGGCAGACCUCGAGGAAGAUGCUCAGGAGGUGGGUUAUGCAUCAGAGCCAACUGCUGGUAUUCUCGAUCAGAGUCCUGACGACUCCCGAUUGAGACGUCGUGCAGGAGUUUCCCUCAGUCUAUCAGAUACAGAGGCUGAAUCAGAACUGGAGUAUAAUCCAAAGUUAUUUUGAAACUAAAAAGAAAAACCAAACGAGACAGCUUUACUUGCGAUAAAAUGGGUUACCAUUUAAGUUAGAAUAAUUCUUACAAAAUUCAAAUUUUUAUAAGAAAGUCCAGGGAUAUUUUCUAUUCAUGAAAAGGAAUGUAAAUUAUCAAAUCCGUCGGAGAAUUCAGCGCCUGAGAAUUGACAACUCGUGAGUGUAAACAAUGCAAUGAUUGUAUGUACUGACGUACAUUACGGAGUAACUCGUUUGUAUGUAAUACUAAGGAUGCGAAAGAAAUAAAUGAAAAUUUUCUAUUUGUACAUAAA